UGGGCAGGGGGCGGGCGAGGAGCCGCCAGCAACAAUUGCGUCUGGGUCCCGGCAAACAUGAGGCGGCUGCCCGCACGGCCGGCUGCGCGGAGGGGAAGCCGGCAGCAGUUGAGUCGGUCGUCCAGGAUGCCGCGGGCCAAGGAGGUGAUGAAGGUGUCCGACGGCAGCCUCCUGGGGGAGCCCGGGCGCACUCCGCUGAGCAAGAAGGAGGGCGUGAAGUGGCAGCGGCCGCGGCUCACCCGGCAGGCCCUGAUGCGCUGCUGCCUGGUCAAGUGGAUCCUGUCCAGCGCGGCCCCGCAGGGCUCAGACAGCAGCGACAGUGAGCUGGAGCUGUCCGCAGUGCGCCACCAGCCAGAGGGGCUUGACCAGUUGCAGGCACAGACCAAGUUCACCAAGAAGGAGCUGCAGAGCCUCUACAGGGGCUUCAAGAACGAAUGCCCCACAGGCCUGGUGGACGAAGACACAUUCAAACUCAUUUACUCACAGUUCUUCCCUCAGGGAGAUGCCACCACCUACGCACACUUCCUCUUCAACGCCUUCGACGCCGAUGGGAAUGGGGCCAUCCGCUUUGAGGACUUUGUGGUUGGUCUCUCCAUCCUGCUGCGAGGGACAGUCCAUGAGAAGCUCAAGUGGGCCUUUAACCUCUACGACAUUAACAAGGAUGGCUACAUCACCAAAGAGGAGAUGCUGGCCAUCAUGAAGUCCAUCUAUGACAUGAUGGGCCGCCACACCUACCCUAUUCUGCGAGAGGACGCACCCCUGGAGCACGUGGAGAGGUUCUUCCAGAAAAUGGACCGGAAUCAGGAUGGGGUGGUGACCAUUGACGAGUUCCUGGAGACCUGUCAGAAGGACGAGAACAUCAUGAGCUCCAUGCAGCUGUUCGAGAACGUCAUCUAGGACUUGUGCGUGGGGAAGGUGGGGGAAUCCCUGAGUGGCUAUCACCACCUCUUCCCCCAAAGAAACCUCAGUCCUGCCAGGAGCAACCUCCAUGAAAAACUUUUUUCUAAUAUAUUUGCACAAAGUGAAUAGUUUGCUCCACACACACACACAAACACCCUCCCCGCCCCCCCAACACACACACCCUUCAUCUGGGCUGGCAGGUGGAGGGACAGAGAUGAGAGAGGGGCUAGGUCUGGCUGGGAGCUGAGUCCAGGGGACAAGAGCCGCACAGCUCCCAGCACCCCCCUCCCAGGCCUCUUGGGUCGACAGCUGAAAGAGAGGCAUCUUCAGGCCUCUGGCUGCUGGCUCCUCUACAGAUGAGGGUCCAGCCUGCAAAGCUAAGGCCCCAGCCCUGCGAGCCCACUUGCCCGCCCCUCCCUUCCGCCACCCUUCUUUCCCACUACACUCACAUGUCAGGCCCUGGGGGCUGUUCCGACCUGCUUGUCCCAGCCACUCCCUGCCCACCGACGACCCUUCCAGAAUGGCCCUCAGCUCAGGACCCCAGAAGGGCAGCGCAGGGUCAAGGGAUUUCAGACCAGGAAAGAGGCGGCACUUAGACAGAGCCUGCUGCUUCCUGGAAGUGCUUCCCUGGGUGUCAGGACACCCGCCGUCCGCUGAGCUGGUGUGAGCCCCAGUGGGGAUGCACCAGUGGGCACUGUUCUCCACCCAGUAAGGGGGCUUGCCAGUCUGGGGACUGGGGUUCUUGGUGGGAAUCUGACGGGACCUCUCUGCCAACGCCGCCUCCCUCACUCCAGCUGGCUCAGUGAGGGCGCAGCAGGAGGAGCUGCCCACAGCCCUCAGGCACCCAGGUCAUCAUUCAGGGUUCCUGAGAAGAGGUCCCAGGGCUCAGGGCCUGGCAGCCAGGGAGCCCGGGGGGCCAAGCAGACCUGGGAAGGGGCUUCUCUCUCCUGUUGGCCCCCAUCUCCUUUGCCCACGUCAGCUUGGAUGAGCUCCCCUCUUCGUGGUUAGGGUCCUGGAGCCAUGUGGCUGCCCCUUCACACACAGGCUCACCCCAACCCCAUGUGCAAAGCACAAGUGCCCCCAGAAGCUCAGGCUGCAGCCCACGAGGGGAGCCUGAGACUCUGCUUUUCAAGGCAAGGCCCUCCUGGUGGGCUGAGGCUUGGGCCCCACCAGCCCACAUCAGGAGGCCCCUGGGGUUCUGUGGGGAGUCGGUUCUGUGCCUCCGAGCAGUGUGUGUGUGGUGGGGGUGGCUUGAGGCCCCACCCCCGACCCCGGACUCCCCGAGGCAGCCCAGCUCACCAACAUUCAAAAGCACAAACCCCAGGGAUUCUGCUUGGCCGGGUACUGCCCUGAGGACGGAGGCAGACGCCCGCCGGAGCCCAGCGCCGCUAGGGGGCGCGGGGCCCAGGGGCAGGUCACCAGAAGCCGACGGGAGCAGGAGCGGGGCUGCUCCCCCUGGCCCAGGCCGCCCCGGAGGGGCGCAGCCUCAGGCAGCAUGGCCAGUCCCAGGAACAUUCCCGGUCAUACAUUCCAUCGGCUGCCGCCCCCGGUCUCUGCCCGGGCCUGGCCUGAAGAUGAGCGGGGACGGGGCAGCCGAGACCGUGGAGAUGGGCUGGCUCGGCCGCGGGGACCCCUGGGCACCACACAUGGGCGGCCCUCCCUUGGAGUUGCACUGACACCCCACCUACAGCCUGACUGGGCCCCCCUCCUGCUCCCCGUCCCCGGGGAGGGGGGCAUCAGCGUUCCCUGGCUCAGGGAUCUUCUCCCCGCCCCCACCCCCGGCCCUCCGCCCAGCCCUCCCCGCUGGCGAGGCUUUGCUUCUGAGGGCCAGAGGCGAAAGCAGAGGGUCACGGCCACCACGCUCUGCCCUCCCCACCUUGGCCUUGGGCUGCACGCGCCCCUGGAGGGGUGCGCCUCCCAUGCUGGGACGCGGGCUGGCCGCAUGUCUGCAUGGCAGAAGUGUCUCCCUUGGGCGCGGCCGAGGAGGGUGGUGCCUGUUCUCAGCGCCCACCAGUAUUCAGUCCUGUAUAUUUUAAUAAAAUAAACUUGACAAAGGAGA